CAAUAUGAUUCAAUGUUCGGAAAUUCGGAAAGAAAUAAAUAAAUAAACUUUCCGCUUUCUUCCGUUCUAUUCAGUUCGGAGCGCCAUGUCAGGUGUGAUUCCUAAACGUGGUGCAUCUGGUCGGAAACAGUGGACAGUUCACGACACCUCUCGUGGUUCAUUAAAUGGCUUGCGCAAUCAACUAGCCAACGACGGAUGUCCUGAAUCUCAAGUAGUCCUCGCAAAGCAACUCUUACGCGAUGAUCAAGAACGAGAUGACAAUCGCGCGAACGCUUGUUUGGGCGUUUACUGGCUCAUCAAAGCAUCAGAACAAGGCAAUGUGGAAGCCACUGAGCUGUUGAAGCAGUGUCUUAUUAGUGGAAAAGGAAUCUCUGAGCAAAACUAUUUAGAUGUCAAAUCAUGCAUCACCAUGACCCAGGAUGAGAAACUUGCACGGAAAGCUGCUCGCGAAAUGUUCGCCAGCCUUUCCAACGGCGGCGAAUACAUCACAUCCGAACAAUUACAAAAGAAAAUGCUGGAAAUUGACAAGGAUCAAGAAAAUCGUCUGAGGCAGAGCGUGAGAAAUGGCGACUGUGUCACAAAUCAGCAGUACAAUGGCGAGUUGAUGAACCACAUCACCGACGAUGAUUCCGAUGAAGAAGUUGAUUGGUCCCAGCGGUCGGAAAAGUCUGAUGGUAGCGAAAAACUCACCGAAGAUCACCUGGUGGAAGCGGCGGUGCAUUAUUCCCAUGGGAGACUCCCAUUGGUCAAUCGGGUGUUAUCACUCACAUAUCCGAAUCUACAUGCGUUGGACCACAUUCCCUACGUGCACCGAUCUAUUCUACACCCUCUACUCUGGCUCAGCAUCAUCUACUAUAAACUGAUUCGGUUUCUUGGCGCUGCAUCGCUCAAUUUCCUCAACAUUUUCAAUUCGGACUUUCAAAUUGUUUACUUGAUGUUUAUUUACACGCUGGUGAGCACGGAGAAUAUGCUCUUUUUGAUUCCAAUCAUUAUCUACUGCGGCACAAUUAUCGUAAUGGUCGUGACCACUUUCAAGAUGCUGCAAACCAAGCGGGAAUUUUUUGAUUUUCGUGUUUGGUCUGGCUUAUUUCUGACGUAUUCCGGAGGGUCUUUAAAUGGCGAACAGGCAGAGUACCAGUAUAUUAAGAACAACAUGAAGCCCUAUGGUCACUAUUUUCUCGCACUGCUCGCCAACUUUUUUGUUUAUCCUAUUAUUGCGGAGGUAAACAUUCCGCAGUCAGAGCUUACAAUAUUGGCAUUUUGUGCGACCUUUAUGACCCUCUUUGGAUUCAUGUACAAGCGACGCUCGAAAACCGUGCCGGAUUUCUGGAUUCUCUUGAGUUUCUGCGUUAAUGUGUUGGCUAAGUAUCCAUAUGAAGCGGAUACUGUGGUCACACAGGGCUGGAGGUACCUGGAUCUGAAAAUACCCACACUUGCCAGUUACAUAAUUGGAAAUGGCAUUGAAUUCUGCAUAAAUUUCAAAUCCCUGCUGUAUGCAUGUAUUCCAUUGAUAUUCUGCAAAAUCGCCUAUCGGGAAAACUGGCGUGGAAUAUACAAGUAUUUAAUUCCGCACUGUGUGACGCUGAGCUGGUUUCAAGUGGUAGUGAUUAGCUCACAGGGAGCGACUAUGUAUGGCUUAAUCCGUGGAACAUUGGCACUUGUCGGUGUCGUGAUGUUCCUGCCGCUGAUGGGUCUAACGACAAUUCUAUUGCCUGCAGCAGCGCUUAGUAAAUGGCUCAUGACCAAUGAUCAUCUUUAUACUGCGUGUCUCUUCCUUCUGUUUGUUGUUAUGGGUGUCUCGAUAUGUUUCAUCAUCGCUCGCAGCAGAUUCAGCAGUUAUACCUCCCAAGCGCAGGUUGUUUUGGCUAUCAUCGCGCUUUACUUCUUUAUUGAUAACGCUAUCCAUGAGAAUGCGUCGUAUGCGAUUGAGAAACAGCUGCAGAAGACGAUCAGUUAUGAAGGCUACCAGAAAUUUUGCCAUGAGCACGCCUGGACGCAAAGUAAUCUUGCCACCGCGCAGAUAAGAUGCGCGAAGUUGGAAGGCGUGCAAGUCACGUGGGAGGGCUACGUGCAUCAGGUGCGAAUUAAGUCGAGACGUAAUACGUACAAAUACGUUAUAGAUAAACUCCCAGAGGGAAUCAGACAGUAUAUGACCUGCUACUUUGGCGAUGAAAUCGUCCCGGAUUGUGACGAUAAAUCUGAGGAUUGCUUGCUCUUCUACGACAUUGUGCAAGCAAUGAACGGCGGCUGUCAUUUGGAUCGGCACGAUGUAUACGCGUUUGAGAUCAUUGUCAAGAUGCAUUCGGGCAUAUGGGGAAAGGGCGCAGACGUGCACCUGACCGCUGAUGCUGUUGGGCUUAAGAAAUUCGCGUUGAAACUGCGACAAGACGACCAAAUAUGGUUUAAGGGCUCUCUAGUGCGCUCCGGAGAUCGUCGUGUGCAUGUCAAAGUUAUUGAACUAGGGUGUACCACGUGUCAGGACGAUACCUUGCUGAUUGCGAGGAUACGCGAUGACGAAACCGCAAUGGACUACGAUAAAAUCCUGGCAUGUAUGGCGGCUGGAUUGCGCACGGUGCUGAAUUGUAUUUUUUACCCUAUUUUUGUGUUCAAGUAAAAGAAAGAGCCGAGAAAUGAUUGCAAUGUAAAUAAAUGAUUGAAUAGUA